AUGACUUCCAUUCCAAAGACUCAAAAGGCCGUUGUUUUCGAGACCAACGGUGGUCCUCUUCUCUACAAGGACAUUCCUGUUCCACAACCAAAGCCAAAUGAAAUCCUGGUUAACGUUAAGUACUCCGGUGUUUGCCACACCGAUCUCCACGCUUGGAAAGGUGACUGGCCAUUGGACACCAAGCUUCCACUGGUCGGUGGUCACGAGGGUGCUGGUGUUGUUGUUGCCAAGGGUAGCAACGUUACCAACUUUGAGAUCGGCGACUACGCUGGUAUUAAGUGGUUGAACGGUUCUUGUUUGGGCUGUGAGUUCUGUCAACAAGGUGCAGAGCCAAACUGUCCUGAUGCCGACCUUUCCGGUUACACUCACGACGGUUCUUUCCAACAAUACGCCACUGCUGACGCUGUCCAGGCUGCCAAGAUUCCUAAGGGAACCGACCUGGCUGAAGUUGCUCCAAUUCUCUGUGCCGGUGUCACUGUGUACAAGGCAUUGAAGACCGCCGAGUUGAGCCCAGGCCAAUGGGUUGCUAUCUCUGGUGCCGGUGGAGGACUGGGAUCUCUUGCCGUUCAAUACGCUGUCGCCAUGGGCCUGAGAGUCCUUGGUAUCGAUGGUGGUGACGAAAAGGCUAAGCUCUUCAAGAGCUUGGGCGGAGAGGUCUUCAUCGACUUCACCAAGGAAAAGGACAUUGUUGCCGCCGUCCAGAAGGCCACCAACGGCGGUCCUCACGGUGUGAUCAACGUUUCCGUGUCUCCAGCUGCCAUCUCUCAAUCUUGUCAGUACGUGAGAACUCUCGGUAAGGUUGUUCUUGUUGGAUUGCCAGCCGGUGCUGUUUGCGAGUCUCCUGUGUUCGAGCACGUUGUCAAGUCCAUCCAGAUCAGAGGUUCCUACGUUGGUAACAGACAGGACACUGCCGAGUCGAUUGACUUCUUCGUCAGAGGCAAGGUUAAGGCUCCAAUCAAGAUUGUUGGCCUUUCUGAGCUGCCAAAGGUGUUCGAGCUGAUGGAGCAAGGAAAGAUUGCUGGAAGAUACGUUCUUGACACCUCCAAAUAG